AUGAUGAGCUGGCUCAACGUAGACUGGCUCAGUCUUACCAUCCCGCUCGCAUAUCUAGCUGUGCUUGUCGGCUCACUCGCAACAUUCUCCUCGCUCUACCGCAAACGCAAAACCCAAAAAGCCACUUCCCUAAAGCCAUGGUUUCCAUCACAUCUCCAGCGCGAUAUAUACCUCUCUAUCCUCCAUCUAGACAAGAAGGUUCCCGAGACCGUAUUGAAAGCAGCCCUGCUACGUCGUGCGGCAGAAGAUAUCAAGCGUCUUCUUGAGCUAAGAACGAAAAAAGCUGCUUUAGCUGCUUUACUACAGAAGGGGAAUGUAGGCGACGACCUGUGGCAGCAAUUUUCACGGGCAGAAAAGGAAAUGGAAGAUGAAUUUAGAGAUGUUGCUUCAGAGGCAAACGCUUUUGUUCCAGGCUGGGGUCAAGUCAUUUUCCAGUCUGCAAACGAGAUGUUUUUAAACAAUAUGGCACGGACCGACAUUAAUGCUCUUCAAGACACCGUCACGGAAGAAAAGGAGUGGUGGAACCGCAAAAGGGCAAGCAUACAAGAAGGCUUUAUGAAAGAGCUAGAAGAAGAAAAAACCGACACAACUGAAGGCUCAAAGAUCAAGGCUGGCUCUACAACUGAAAACACUCAAAUUGGUAGCGACGAGGAUACUGUUCUUGUGGACGCGGCCAGCUCUACCACGGGCUCUACGGCCGGCUCUGUGAGCGGUGGGGGCAAAAAGAAAAAGAAGGGGAAGAAGUAA